AUGGACUCGCAGUGGCAGCCCUAUCAGGAUCCCUUAAUGGGCCGUCCCGCGCAGUUCAAUAACGGGCAACCGCUUGCUGCGAAGUACGCUGGUCAGCCACAACAAGCACAACAGGCUCCUGUUGGCUAUACCUAUGAGGCUUUCCAAACACCCGCCCUGGCGGCCAAGCCUCCAACCAUGACCGCCAACUCGAAAUCGGUUCCUAUGGCAUCUUCUCCGGCCGCGACGCCACGUAGUCGCGAUUAUGUCACCGAUGCCGACACCACCAUGGAGGACGCGGACCCGUAUAAUCGAGCGAAAUACUCUGCGGCCAGGCCAAGUCAUCAUAGCCGACCGUCUUCCCAGUACUUCCCUCAUGAAGAGUCUUCGGCCGCUCGCAGGUACUCCCCGAUGAACGUCCUGUCACCCACGAUGCCGUAUAAUACGAGCCCUGGGAAGGGUCCCGCUACCUACGUCCACCCUCCCGCUGCCAACCAGACUCGUCGCUCGCCGACGAGAAUGCCGAAUUACUCUUCGCCGCCUCAAUCAUACCAGUCGCCUCCCUCGACUGGAUCGCGACCCCCUAGGCUCCCUCCUUUGCAGGCUACCGACCUGGGCCUCGAUCAAUAUUACCCUCCCUCGGCAGGAUCUCAGCUCGGUGCGGCCUUUGGGCAGGAUGGAAGGUCUCCACACCCCACAUUCAUAUCUGGCCCAAACCAGCAACCAGGCCGCGGACCGGUGCCCAAGUUCCAGAAAAUCAAGUCGGUCCAGGAGCUUCAGCCACGCAUCAAUGUGCAGCCCCCAUACAGAAGAGCUAAUCCCGAAGGCGGCUUCAUUAGUCCCCUUCAAGCUCUGACGAUGCAUCUGCCCUCCACUUAUCGGAUAUGCAACCCGGGCUUCAAUUACGAAUCAUCGAGGAACCCGAGACGAGUACUCACCAAACCCAGCAAGGGUGUCAAGAAUGAUGGAUACGAUAACGAAGAUAGUGACUACAUCCUAUAUGUGAAUGAUAUCCUGGGAAGCGAGGAAGCCGGUCACAAAAACCGCUAUCUUAUUCUUGAUGUGCUUGGCCAAGGUACUUUCGGACAAGUCGUCAAAUGCCAGAAUCUGAAAACCCAGGAAGUCGUGGCUGUCAAGGUCAUCAAGAAUAAGACUGCCUACUUCAAUCAGAGUAUGAUGGAGGUCUCUGUUUUGGACCUGCUCAACAGCAGAUACGACAAAAAUGAUGACCACCAUCUACUCCGGCUGAAGGAUACCUUUAUCCACAGACAGCAUCUCUGUUUGACUUUUGAGCUGCUCAGUGUUAACCUUUACGAACUCAUCAAACAAAACCAAUUCCGAGGGUUAAGCACAACGUUGGUACGGGUGUUUGCCCAACAAUUGCUGAAUGCAUUGAGUCUUUUGAACAAGGCGCACUUGAUCCACUGUGACUUGAAACCGGAGAACAUCCUCCUGAAAAACCUAGAGAGCCCCAUAAUCAAAGUCAUUGAUUUUGGAUCUGCUUGCGACGAACGGCAAACGGUUUACACAUAUAUACAGUCGCGAUUCUACCGUUCUCCCGAGGUUUUACUUGGCUUGCCGUACUCUUCUGCGAUCGAUAUGUGGUCAUUGGGCUGCAUUGUUGUCGAGCUCUUCCUUGGUCUACCGUUGUUUCCUGGAUCUUCCGAAUACAAUCAGGUGUGCCGUAUUGUGGACAUGAUGGGCUUGCCUCCUUCCUGGAUGCUGGAGAUGGGCAAACAAUCCGGGGAGUUCUUCGAGAAAACCCAUGACGAAUUUGGAAGGAAAACGUAUCGUCUGAAGAGUCUGGAGCAGUAUUCUCGAGAACAUAACACGAAGGAGCAACCAAGCAAGAAGUAUUUCCAGGCUACGACGCUGGAAGAAAUAAUCCGGAGCUACCCAAUGCCACGGAAAAAUAUGAAACAGGCCGAAAUUGAGAGGGAAAUCAAUAACCGAACAGCUUUCAUCGAUUUCGUCCGAGGUUUGCUGACCAUCAAUCCGCUUGAGCGGUGGUCACCGCAACAGGCUAAAUUGCAUCCCUUUAUUACCCAGCAGAAGUUUACAGGACCCUUUGUGCCGCCAAUGAAUCUGAAAUACUCGGCGCUCAGCAAACCGGUCGCCCCUGGAAUCCAGCAACAACAACAGGCGGAAGCGACAAGUAAGCAGAGGGCGGCCCAGGCGGCCCAGGCACAAACCGCGGCGCAGAAUGCGUACUCGAUGCAGAUGAAUCAGUUCCACCCGCCUGCUCAUGCACAACCGCCGCCUCCUAUGUACAACGGCAUGUUUACAGGUCACCAGCAGGGUGCUCCCCCACCAUACCCAACUCAGCCUCCCGGGUACGGCCACCAGAUGAACAUGAUGCCGGGCCAAGUGCCCCAGGCUCAAUACGCGCCGUCUCAAAGUCUGUAUGCGCAGGCAACUACGAGGGCCGGUCGCCAACGUGCUUCGACAAUGGACCCACAAGGAGGAGGAAUUCCGCCUACUAUUCAGCGAGUCGCCAGCCAUCUGGAUCCUAACGCACCCAUUCGGUUGCAACCCAGUCCCGCGUAUUAUCCUCCGCCUCCUGAGGGGUACGCUGACCCUAACGCUGCUAACCAGCGUCGUCGGGGAAGCCGUGCGGGUGGCACCCGUAACCGGGAUUUCAUUCGGACCCUCGAGGACGGCGUGUUAGGUGACGGCUACGCCGCGCCCAACCAAUGGCAUUGA